UGGGAUUGGUCCUUGAGGCGAACGCCGACUGCCCAUUGACGCGGCCCAUGAUUGAGGGCACCAAUCGGAUAUUUGCCAACCGUGAUCUUAGCGGAAAUUACGUGCCGAAGCUGAUCCAGAGAGUGCAAACUGGCGAGGUGCUCCACAUGAUCUGCCAGCCGGACGACAUCGUACAGACCACCUGCCAGCCGGACAACAACUUCAACCCACCGCUGCCGAUGAGUUGCAUGAACCCCAUGCCCGCCACUGCCAUAAACGUCACCGAUGAAUCCUGUCCGGCCACAAUGUACUCCAUUGGCUACACGAUCAACAACCGACGACUGGAGCUGUAUCGCGCCUGCUACGAUCGCACCAAUGUAAGGGCCCUCUACACGACCCACACGGUGUACGGCAAACCCUUUUAUCCAACGCGUCCCCACGUCGAGUUUAGCCUAGAUAACGUCCUGAGUCCGGCGGAUGCCAGUACCUUCAUGCCCAGCAGUAUUUACGGUGCCUUCAGGCGUAUCUUCGGCGAAAACCAGACAUACGUUCCCUUUAGCCGGGAUGUGGUCAUCAAUCGCGGACAUUUGACUCCCUCGGCAGAUUAUCUGUACAAGGACCAGAUGGGCGCCACCUUCAAGUACGUGAAUGUGGUGCCCCAGUUCAAGACCAUCAACGACGGGAACUGGGAGGCCAUCGAGCGCUGGGUGCGCGGUAUUAUCCGCUGCGGUGGUUCGCUGAGGAUCAAGACGGGUGCAGUUGGCACUCUCAUCCUGCCGGAUACUGCCCGGCCCCCCGUCCCUCAUUGCGCGAUUCUGGGAGGUGAGACAAAGAACCCCGUGCCUGAGUGGAUGUACAAGGUGGUGAGAACUUCAACCAACGAGCUGGUGGCCAUCUUUCUCACGUACAACAACAUAUACGCGACUGAACGUCCAAGUGCUCUAAAAUUUUGCGAACCUGUGCCCUGCCCCAUAUUCUUGCCCAACACGGCUGUCGCUGGCUUCACAUACUGCUGCAACGGUACAAAUAACUUUGAAUCAGAUUUAAUGUACGCUACCAUGUACGCGCUCCUUACAUAAUUGCACACACAUACAUAUGUAACCUUAUUACUUAUAUAUUGCUUACAUGUAUUGCAUUCUCAGUCAAUUCAAUUCACAGUCAAAAUAUUCGCCAGUCCGUCGAUCGGCAUUGCUCGGAGUUCACGGCCAAUGUAACCUUCUAAAUUAAAAAUUUGAACAAGAUCAA